AUGAUUGUUAAAGUGAAGACACUGACUGGGAAGGAGAUCUCUGUUGAGCUGAAGGAAUCAGAUCUCGUAUAUCACAUCAAGGAACUUUUGGAGGAAAAAGAAGGGAUUCCACCAUCUCAACAAAGACUUAUAUUCCAGGGAAAACAAAUUGAUGAUAAAUUAACAGUAACGGAUGCACAUCUAGUAGAGGGAAUGCAACUCCACUUGGUAUUAACACUAAGAGGUGGUAACUAG